AUGGGAUUGGUUACCACCGAGGAAUCUAUUGUUGGGCUGGAAGACCCUAAUCGCCCCCUGAUCAAACCGAAGAUGUUCGUCAGCCGUAGGAGUUUCUGGCAAAUCGAUCCACACAUUUUCCUAUUCUCCCUUGCUCCCGAUAUGACCCCGAAGCCAACUUCGCCUUCUCGUUCUGGAUCUAAUUCGCCUUCCCGCGGUGUUAGAAGCCCCAAUAACGUGGUGACAGCCGCACCAAUUCCCGGCGGCUCAUUUUAUUCAAGUGGCCAUGUACCGUCCUAUUUCCCUCCACCGCCAGCCCAAUGGGUCCUGCUUGACGGAUGGCUCCGGCACCCGAUUCGCCAGAAGCCGCCUCGUCAGGGCGAGACGUUUUAUAUCCGCUACAUCCCAAGUCUACAGAAAACGUUAUCAUUCCGUGUCCCAAUCCUAGCUAUAAAUUCAUCAGAAAAUAGUGAAGAUGCUUUAGGCCGAUAUCAUAGAGCACUAUGUAUCGGCAUUAAGACCCUCGGAAACGACGAUGGUACCAGACCCAUUUUAUCUGAAGGUCCAGGAUCAGACCUUGAACUCCUACACAAAUGGAUGAACAGCUCCAAGGCGAAAGAGAUUUGGGACGCAUCUGGUCCCCUUCAUAUCCAAGAGCAAUUCCUCAAGGGUCGCCUUACGUCAAGAUAUCUAUUUCCUGCAAUAGGCUGUUGGGACGGUAAACCGUUCGGCUAUUUCGAAAUAUUCUGGGUCAAAGAGGGCUCGGUACAGCGGCCCUUACCAAUACUUGUCGAUGAUUUUGAUCGCGGCCUUCGUUGUCUAGUUUAUGAUCACGAAGACAGAAAGCCACAUCAAACCCAAGUGUGGCUCAAUGCUCUGAUCCAUUACUGCUUGUUGGCGGACAAUCGGACCCAGGCUAUCGCAAUAGGGCCAAGAGUUGAUGACGAGGAGUAA